AGGGAUGUAGUUCUCGCUGCACCCGCGCUGCAUGGUAGCGUGCGCGCGCCCUCUGCACAGCGACAAGAUGGCGGUCUCCGCCGGAUCGGGCGUGAAGGUUCCGCGUAACUUCCGUCUGCUUGAGGAGCUGGAGGAGGGUCAAAAGGGCGUCGGCGACGGAACGGUCAGCUGGGGACUCGAGGACGACGAGGACAUGACACUCACGCGCUGGCGAGGCAUGAUCAUCGGACCACCACGGACCAUCUAUGAGAACCGCAUGUACAGCUUGCGUGUGGAGUGUGGGCCUCGGUAUCCGGAGACUCCGCCCUUCGUUCGCUUCGUCACCAAGAUCAACCUGAACGGAGUACACAACUCUAAUGGGGUGGUGGACACGCGUGCGGUCUCGGCGCUGGCUAAGUGGCAGAACUCGUACAGCAUUCGGGUCGUGCUGCAGGAACUCAGACGACUCAUGAUGUGCAAAGAAAACAUGAAGCUCCCACAGCCCCCCGAGGGCCAGAUAUACACCAACUAGACAGACACACACACACACACACACACACACACACACACACACACACACACACACACACAUGAAGCUCCCACAGCCCCCCGAGGGCCAGAUAUACACCAACUAGACACACACACACACACACACACACACACACACACACACACACACACACACACACACACACACACACACACACAGCUCCCACAGCCACCCGAGGGCCAGAUAUACUCCAACUAGACACACACACACACACACACACACACACACACACACACACACACACACACACACACACACACACACACACACACACACACACACACACAAAGAAAGCUCCUACAGCCCCCAGAGUGACAGGUAUACACCAACUAGACACACACACACACAUGCGCAUGCAUGGCUACACACACACACACACACACACACACACACACACACACACACACACACACAAACUCAUAGCUCCUUCCUGUUGUUCUCAUGUCCGUGUCAAUCUCUUUCUUUCUCUCUCUCUCUCUCUCUCUCUCUCUCUCUCUCUCUCUCUCUCUCUCUCUCUCUCUCUCUCUCGCUGUCUUACCCAUAUGUGGAUGAGUGUGUGUGUGUGUGUGUGUGUGUGUGUGUGUUUAGCUCUCUCUCUGUUGCCCCUUUCCUGUGUGUGUGCGUGUGUAUGUGUGUGUGUGUGUGUGUGUGUGUGUGUGUGUGCGCCUACCUCUGCCUGUUUUAUCUCUGACUGUCUUUCUUUCUUCACAUGCUGCUAUCCGUCUUCACCUCCCUCCCUCUUCCUCUCUAUCCCCCUCUCCUCCUCCCUCUUCCUCUCUAUCCCCCUCUCCUCCCUCUUCCUCUCUAUCCCCCUCUCCUCCCUCUUCCUCUCUAUCCCCCUCUCUCUCUCUCUCCCUCCCUCCCCGCCUCCUCCUCCUUUCUCUCUCUCUCUCUCUCUCUCUCUCUCUCUCUCUCUCUCGCUCUCUCGCUCUCCCCCCUCUCUCCCCUCUCUCUCUCUCUUGUGUGUCCUUUCUUCUUCUCCUUAUCCAUCCUAUCAUUCCUCUACCUGUCAGUUAACCCCCCCCCCCCCCCCAAAACACACACACACACACACACACACACACACACCAAGCAUACACGACACGCACAUCAAUACACAUGAUGCAGAGACGCAAGCAUACACGUACACACACAUUAACUACUCACACACACACACACACACACACACACUUGAUUCUACAGACACGCCUCACUCCAAGCCCCUCCUCUCACCAUUUGAUCCCGCCCCUUCUCAUCACUGGAGCUCUGAUUGGAGCACAGAAGCCCGGAUGGGCGGAGCCUCCAGUCAGCUGCGCUCUCAUUGGAUACUGUACUCCCCCUGCUCUUCUGAUUGGAUACUGUACUCCCCCUGCUCUGCUCUCAUUGGAUACUGUACUCCCCCUGCUCUGCUCUCAUUGGGUACUGUACUCCCCCUGCUCUUCUCUUUUUUUAUUAUUAUUAUUUGUUACAAAUGCAGAUUGUACGAUAGCCUAAAUAAACUUAUUGAGUGUA